AUUACUACUAAUACUACUACUAAUAAUAAUGAUAAUACUAUUGUCAAUAAAGCUGUCAUAUUCGGCAGAAUAAUUGUAAUUAGCUAACAAUUACAAUGAACGUACUUAUACUUUUACACUAUUUAAUUGUUCCCAAAUUUUAUUCAUAUAUUGCAUGAAAUCAAUCAAUCAAUUUAUUAUAUAUCCGAAUAUUAACAUUGAUUACAUAAUAAUUAAAUUAUUUAUACAGGAUACUUAAAUUCAUACUUUGUUAAAGUACUUUUGGAUAGUGAAUCAUGUUCUAUUGAGUUUGUUUGUCUGUUUGUUUUUUUCAAAUGACAAUUCACUAGUAACUAUAUACCUUGUCUAUUCAUUGAUAAUUUGUACAUAUUCAUUCAUGAUAAAUGAUAAUUAAAUAAUAAUUGGAAUUAAUUUCAUCAAUAAAUGUAUAUUACUAAAGUAAUUUCAAUAAUAACAAUAAAGGUAAUGUAUGAAGAUGAAAAUUAGGCUCAAACGUUCAGAAAAAUCGCAUCUCCUUUAUGUAUAAUGUAUGUGAAGAUGAAUCUAUUGUUUUGUUUGCUUCAAAAUAUUUUAUCUUGUAUUAUAUUUCUUCACUAUGAGUUUAAUACCGUGAAAAGUGAGAACAGAAUAACAGUUCAAAACAAUGGGGUGAAAUUUUCACAAUUCAAAUCAUUUUUUGAUGUAUCGCCGGAUUAUCUCAAAUGGUCGGAGAAUCAACGUGCACAACUAGAAUCAAUUACAAAUAAUCUAGCAUCAAACAAAACGCCUCACAUCAUGGAACCUUUAAUUAAUCCAUUAAAGCAAUCUUCAAUAACUCAUAGUGAUUUUAUACAUAAUGCAAAUAAACGAACAUCGAAACAGGCACCUGGUGAAGAUAAAAAUACUAUUAAUUCUGAUAUCGAAAUAUCAAACUCUAGUUCUGUGAUCGAUGAACCUAAUGAGGGUAAUAUUACUGCAUCUACUGUAGUCUACUCAGGAACAACGUCAGUUAUACUAGCAUUACUAACAGCCAUAGUCAGUUUUAUCACAAUUGUUGGAAAUAUACUAGUUCUUAUUUCUUUUUUUGUGGAGAGAGCAUUACGAACAGCAUCAAAUUACUUUAUAGCUUCAUUAGCUGUUACAGAUGUACUGAUUGGAUUUUUUUCAAUGAAUUUUUAUACUUUAUACCUUCUUCUUGGACGGUGGCCUUUGGGAAGACUUUCAUGUGAUUUGUGGCUAAGUUUAGAUUACACAGCCUGUUUAACCUCCCAAUACACAGUACUAAUCAUCACUAUUGACAGAUUUUGUUCAGUUCGUAUACCUGCAAAAUACAGAAACUGGAGAACUGAAAGAAAGAUUCUUAUACUAGUUGCUGUUACGUGGAUUAUACCAUCAUCCGUAUUUUUUACCACAAUAAUGGGUUGGCCUUACUUUCACACUGAUGGUAAUCCUAGACCAGAUGAUGAAUGCUAUGCAGAAUUUGCAACAGAUCCGAUAUUCAACACUGUUUUUACCGUGUGCUAUUUUUGGGUUACUUUGUGUGUAAUGUUAGUUUUAUAUGUUGGUAUAUAUCGUGUAGCUGCUGAUUUACAAAAACGUAGUGACGAAAAACGAAAUCGUGUUUCCGGUCUUAUUACUAACAGUACACAAAAUAAUAAAACAACCACGCAUAUGAUGUUGAACAAUCAAAGAGCUUCAUCUCACGGUAUGAACCAAAAAAUUACAAAUAAUAACAACUAUCCGUAUAAUAGUAGCAUUGGCGGUUUAGGAGAUUCGUCUGGUUUCGAUUCAGAUGAAGGUAAAUCAGACCCUGUAAAACAAAAUCCUUUAUCGAAAACAAUCAAACUUGGGGAAAAGCAGAACAGACAGAUCACCAAAAUAUCAGCUGAACCACAAACCGAGAAAGCUUUUGUUGCAUUGCCGAGGAUUGAAGCUAGAUGUGACAUUGCGCCAAGUGUGCUAGGAGUGACUGGUAUUAUUCCUACGAAACCAAAAAUCUGUGAUUUAUCUAAAGCUAACCCUGAUGGAUUAAAUGAAGUUCCAGAAACUGAUCUAGGUUAUAUUUGUCCAACAUCCGUUAUGGUAAGUAAAAGUCUUGGUCUUGUAAUCAGCUCACCAGUUUUGACAGACGACGAUAGUGGACUUGAAGUAAAUGACUGUCAUUCAGUUUUGCCGAAGAAAGUGCAAGAGCUACCUAUACCACUAUCUUAUGAUUGUUUAAAUGAAAAAGAAUCAAGCCCAGUAUCAGAAAAGGAGGAUCGAUCAGUCAACUAUAAAACAGAAUACAAAAAAGAAAGAAAAAAUGCAGCACCCAUUGACUCAGAUUAUCAGAAUCGUGUUAUGGAACAAUUCAAACAAAGAAUGGCAGCUUUGGCUAAUCAAAAAACAACACCCCGAGUUACAGACCAUACAAAAGUCAAUAAUCAACCAUCUAAUCAAAGUUUGUUAAAAUGUAAGCAAACUAACAAUCACUCUCGAUUAACACUGAAUACUUCAAAUUUUUCUGAGUCAACGUCAUCAAAAGGUACUGAAAAUACUACAAAUAACACUCACAAUUAUGAUGCUCACACAACAGUUUAUCCUGCAAAUUCAAAAUCACAAUUCUGCAGAAGCAACAUAGACUGUUGUAACUCUACAGAGUUAGACACUAACUUGCAAACACCAUUGUAUGUAAAUAACUCAUCUCCUAUCUGGAAAUCUCGUCCUAUGUGUUGUGAUGGAAUAGUCAGUGCACCAUGUUCAGUUAGAAGUUACCAAUGUUCAAAUAGACGAAUUGAAGAAUGUAUGAGCCAGCAAGAAUGUAUACUAUGUAUGCGUCAACAGCAACAACAAGAUUCUGAUACAUUACAAUCAAGUUCCAGUUUUGGAGAUUUCGGUGGUCCAAUUGUAUGUGAUGAAAAAUGUCUAUGUCAUUCUCAAGCAUUUGAUCAUCGAAAAACAUCGUUAAAUAUUUCUUUCAGAGCACGUUUAUUAUUUUAUUUACAAUCAAUUAAAUUAAAAAUACAUAAUGAAAAUAUUGUGGAGCAUGUAAAAAAAUCAUUUAUUCGUAGAAAAUCAAAGCAUAAAAAUAUUGAACGUGGUCGACGUGAAAAUCGUGCACGUAAAGCAUUAAGAACAAUCACAUUUAUAAUGGGUGCUUUUGUUAUAUGUUGGACACCAUAUCAUAUAGUGAUAAUGAUUAAAGGUAUAUGCGAUGAUAUUCAAAAAAAAUAUACCUGUGUAAAUGAUAUAUUCUAUAGUGUAACUUAUUGGUUAUGUUAUAUGAAUUCACCAAUUAAUCCAUUUUGUUAUGCAUUAGCAAAUGCACAAUUUAAAAAAACAUUUCUACGUAUAUUUCGUGGUGAUUUUAGAAGAUUAUAAAUUUCUUUUCUCCUUUUACUUGUUAUUGACUAUAAUAAUAAAAAAAGUACAUAUAUGUAUAUAUACAUAAGGUAAAAUAAUGUGAAUUUCGAUUCCUCUGAUAAUGACCCUCCUUUCUUUGUUUAUAUAAAUAUUUAUUAUGAAUAUGAUACCAUGAUUAUCAUCUUUAAAAGUUCAAUUUUCUUUUUCUUUCGCUAAUUAGUUACUACCAUAAAUCAUUAUUCACUUAUUAAGAUACUUAGAAAUAAUUAAUAUUUCAAAUGUAUAGUAAAACCUCUUGUUUUAAAUCUUUAUAACCCUCUGUUUUGUUUUUAUAAUCCCAGUGCUGUAUUAUUAUUAUUAUUGACUGAUAUGUUGAGUAUAUGAAAAGUAAAUUGAUUUGUUAACUGUUUUGCUGUUACCAAAGAAACAUUAACUAUGAGUUGAAUUGAUAAUGGAUUAAAAAAAUAGUUAAAACUAUGUACAAAUUAUUCGGAUUUCCUUUUUUUUAAUGUAACGUUUUGACUAAUUAUUUCUUGAAAUAAAUUUCUUUGUGAAGG